AUGGCCACCCCACCCCUGACCCUCAUCUCCGCCACCCCGUCCCCCUUCGCACGCAUGCCGCGCAUCCUGCUCGCCCUCAAGCACAUCCCCUUCACACUACAAUCCGAGAUCCCCUGGCACGCAUCCACCGCGACACCCGCCCACAAUCCGCUGGAGAAACUGCCCGUGCUGCUGCACCCCCCGCACGCCCCCGUCUACGAGAGCGCGCACAUCGUGAGCUACAUCGUGGAGACCUUCGCAGACACCGGGCCGCGCCUCGUGCCCGCUGACACGCGGGGGAGUCUCAAGGCACGGCAGGUCGUUGCGCUGGCGGUUGGGUGCAUGGACGCGAUGGUGCUCCUCCGCUUCGAGGGACGGCGGGCGGAGGAAGCGCGGAGUGCCCCGUGGACCGCACGGCAGCAGCGCAAGGUCGAGGGCGCGCUGGGCGCGUUCGAUGGCUACGUGCGCGACGCGGCGGCCGGGGGCAGGGAGUUUGUGGUCGGGACGGAGCUGUCGAUUGCGGAUGUGGGGAUUGUGUGUGCGGUCGGGUUUGUGCAGUUUGGCGGGAUGCGGGAGGGGUGGCGGGACGCGUAUGGGGCGCUGGCGGCGUAUUUCGAUCGGAUUGAUGCUGGGGAGGCGUUUGUGGAGACCAGGCCGGUGGCGUUUGAGUUGACGGAGAGGGUUGUUUAG